GGGUCGGCUUCUGCCAUGACCACCAAACAAGCCAGAAAGAAAGAGGUGCAUCGCAUCAACUCGGCGCACGGAUCGGAUAAAUCUAAAGAUCAGUACCCUUUUGGCAGUAACGUACAACUCAGUGAACAGAAGAAGGGGAAGUUUCCAAUCUGGCCAGAAUGGAGCGAAGCAGACAUAAAUACUGAAAAGUGGGAUGCAGGCAAAGGUGCAAAAGAAAAGGACAAAACAGGGAAAAGCCCGGUACUUAAUUUUUUUGAAGACCCCGAAGGAAAGAUUGAAUUACCACCAUCAUUGAAAAUUUAUUCCUGGAAACGUCCACAGGAUUUUUUAAUUAAUCGGGCUCCAGUGGUUGUGAAAAAUGAAAUCCUGUUUGACUUGUUUUCAGCAAAUGAGCAUUUACUCUGCAGUGAGCUGAUGAGAUGGAUUAUCAGUGAAAUCUAUGCCGUGUGGAAAAUAUUCAAUGCGGGUGCUUUGAACAAUUAUUUUAAAGGGACUUCAGGGGAACCUCCUCUUCUGGUCUGGAAACCCUGGGAACACAUAUACUCUCUGUGCAAAGCUGUGAAGGGUCACAUACCCUUGUUUAAUAGCUAUGGAAAGUAUGUUGUGAAACUUUACUGGAUGGGCUGCUGGAGAAAGAUAACUAUUGAUGACUUUCUGCCUUUUGAUGAAGAAAACAACCUAUUGCUUCCAGCUACAACCUAUGAAUUUGAACUUUGGCCAAUGCUUUUGUCUAAAGCUAUCAUUAAGUUGGCAAAUGUUGACAUCCACGUAGCAGAGAGGAGAGAACUGGGAGAGUUCACCGUGAUUCACGCACUCACAGGAUGGUUACCAGAAGUCAUUUCUCUCCACCCAAGAUAUAUGGACAAAGUUUGGGAGCUCUUAAGGGAAAUAUUACCCGAGUUUAAGCUGUCAGAUGAGUCCAGCUCUGAAAGCAAAAUAACAGACAUAGAUGCCAAAUUAAAAGAACAAGGGAAAGAUGCGAAGGAUGGGAAAGAAGUAAAAGAUGGCAAGGAAUUCAAACCUGAAGGUUCAGCAACAACAAUGAAAUUACCUGAGAAAAGUGACAGAGUUUUAAAGGAGAAAUCUGAUGCAAAAGACCUGGGAAAGAAGAGGAGUAAAGAUGGAGAGAAGGAGAGAGAAAAGGAAAAAUUCAAAUGGUCAUUUCAUGAUUCAAGACCCUCAUCAGAUGUACAAUAUUCUCUACAGUCUCUGUCAGAUUGUUCUUCAGCGAUACAGUCCCCUCAGAUGGUUGUAUAUGCCACCUUUACACCUCUCUAUUUGUUUGAAAAGAAGAUCUUUUUAUUAGAGAAGAUGGCUGAUUCUGCUGAGAAGCUUAGAGAAUAUGGGCUUUCCCACAUCUGUAGCCAUCCUGUGCUGGUGACGAGAACUAGGUCUUGCCCCCUUAUAGCACCGCCAAAAUCACCUCCUGUACCUCCAUGGAAACUCUUUCGCCAGAAAAAAGAAACUGUUAUAACCGAUGAAGCUCAAGAAUUAGCAAUAAAGAAGCCUGACCAGUUUCUUGAGAUUUCAAGUCCAUUUUUGAAUUAUAGAAUGACUCCAUUUACAAUUCCAGCGGAAACUCAUUUUGUACGAUCUUUUAUCAAGAAAGGGGUGCUUCCGGGAUCUGGUUUAUCCUCCCUCACUGAAAAUGAUGAAACUGCAACUUUUAGCCAGACGGACUUAAGUCAAUUGACAAGAACUAUGUCUCAGGCUAAUGUUGCUUCCCAAGCUGCAUUCGGAAAAGGUAAAGAUGAACCAGACUAUGGAUGGAAUGAUGCAGCCCAUCCAGCUGAGGGAAUCAGUUUGGAAAGAGAUUUGGUCAGCCAGAUGACAGCAACACAGGAAAAAUCGCAGGAGGAACUUGCAACAAUAAAUAAUGGUGUUUCUAAAGAAAUAUGGUUAGAUUUUGAAGACUUCUGUGUAUGCUUUCAGACUAUAUAUAUUUUCCACAAGCCAAGUUCAUAUUGCCUUAACUUUCAAAAAUCAGAAUUCAAGUUCUCAGAUGAACGUGUGUCCUACUAUCUAUUUGUGGACAGUCUAAAGCCCAUUGAACUACUGGUUUGCUUUUCUGCAUUGGUACUCUGGGGAGAAUCUGGAGCUUUAACAAAGAACAGCCCUCCCAUAGAGCCUGGACUUCUUACAGUUGAGACAGUUUCUUGGAAAUCUCUGAGGCCACGCGAUCUAGUUGUGACGAUUCACACGUAUGCUACCAAGGCUACAGUGGUCCGCCUGCCUAUUGGGAGACACAUGCUGCUCUUCACUGCAUACUCCCCGGUGGGGCACUCCAUACACAUCUGCAGCAUGGUGACCUUUGUAGUGGGGGAUGAAGAUGUUGUGCUACCCAACUUUGAGCCGGAGAGCUACCGAUUUACAGAGCAGGCUGUAACAAUUUUGAAAGCUGUUGGACAUGUGAUUGCUAAUUUCAAAGAUAAGGCUAAACUUUCUGCAUCCCUGAAGGAUCUACAAACAGCUCACUAUCCUAUUCCCCUCUGGGAUAAAGAACUAACUGCACAGCACUUCAGGGUUUUUCAUAUUUCUUUAUGGCGUUUAAUGAAAAAAGCUCAAAUAGCAAAACCUCCUCCCAACCUCAAGUUUGCGUUCCGUGCUAUGGUUUUUGACUUGGACUUACUUGAUUCUUCUUUGGAAGAGGCUUCUUUAGUGGAAUGGGUAGAUGUUAAAUAUAAUGUACCAACCAUCGAUAAAGAGUAUUCUCCUGAGGAAGUAGCAGCAGCAAUUAAAAUCCAAGCUGUGUGGAGAGGGACGUACGUCAAAUUGCUUAUGAAAGCUAGAACGCCAGACACAAAGGAAAAUACCAGUGUUGCAGAUACUCUUCAAAAAGUUUGGGCUAUGUUGGAACAGAGUAUAGAACCGUAUGCAAUUUCUCUCUUAAGACUAAUGUUUAAAAGCAAUUGCAAGUCUAUGGAAUCUUAUCCAUGCUAUCAAGACGAGGAAACGAAAGUUGCUUUUGCUGACUAUACUGUGACUUACACAGACCAGCCACCACAUACUUGGUUUAUAGUAUUCAGAGAAACAUUUUUGGUUCCUCAAGAUAUGAUUUUGGUUCCCAAAGUAUACACUACACUUCCAGUCUGUAUGCUCCACGUUGUUAAUAAUGACACAAUGGAGCAAGUGCCAAAGGUGUUCCAAAAGGUGGUGCCUUACCUUUAUACCAAGAAUAAGAAAGGAUAUACAUUCGUGGCUGAAGCAUAUACUGGUGACGUGUAUGUUUCAUCCUCACGAUGGAAACUACGCCUCAUUGGUUCUUAUCAUCCACUUCCAUGCCUGUCUCGAGACCUUCCAUGUAAUACCUUUGCCAUAAAGGAAAUCAGAGAUUACUACAUACCCAAUGAUAAGAAAAUUGUAUUCAGGUAUUCAGUUAAAGUUGCAUUACCACAUCCUGUUACAAUACAGGUACGUGCGUCCAAACCAGAUGCAUUCAUCAAGCUACAGAUCCUAGAAAAUGAAGAAGUUAUCCUGAGCUCCACCGGGAAGGGCCAAGCUAUCAUUCCAGCAAUUAACUUCUUAGGGAAUGAGAAAGCCUUGAGCUCCCAGUCUAGCAAGCAAAUUCUUUCAAGUCACGCUUCAUUCAAGAAAGAGCAAGAAUUUUACAUUAAGAAGAAAUCUGCCGUAGGAGGUCAGAAAUCCUAUAAAAGACCUGGAAGUGCAAUAGUAGACACUGGUCAACCUAUUUUGGAUGAGGAAACUAUCUCUGUACCCACUAUAGAAGAAAAUGCUAGCACACCACAGCAGGUAUACAAGUAUAUUAUACAGUGUUUGGUGUUAUAUAACAGUUGGCCUCUCACUGAAAAUCAGCAGAUGUUUGUUCAAGCACUAAAAGACUUAGAGAAAAAUGAUAACAAAGCACAUGGAGAGAAACAUGAGGAAUUAAUUACCCUAGGAAGUCCAGAUUCCCACACUAUUAGUGAGGGACAAAAAUCUUUAGGAACUUCCAAAACAACAAAGAAAGGCAAAGAAAAGUUAUCUGAGAAAGAAAAGAUAGCCAAAGAAAAACAAGCAGCACCUCGCUUUGAGGCUCAGAUGUCCACUGCUCACCCUCAACAAGAAGACCCAAAUAAACCCUACUGGAUUUUGAGGUUGGUCACUGAACACAAUGAAGCAGACUUUUUUGAAGUGAAAAAAGAUACAGAACGAGCAGAUGAAAUCCGAGCCAUGAAGCAAGCCUGGGAGACAACUGAGCCAGGAAGAUCAAUCAAGGCCUCCCAGGCGCGUCUCCAUUAUCUCAGCCGGUUCAUUAAGAAAACGCCUGAUACAGAGUGUGUGCCUGUGUCUGAAAGCCAAACCAAAGCAGGGGAAGAAGGGAGUAUGCUGUGGAAGAAGUGGCAAAUGAGCAAGGGCUUGAAGGAUCUGGCCAAGUUAACAAGCAGUGAAAGUGGAGGAUCAUCCCCGGCAGGCAAGGAAGAGCGUGAGCAAAGCACACGGAAGGAAAACAUCAGGCCUCGUUCACGAUCUCCAACAAUUUUGGAAAUGUCUCCACAACUUAUUCGAAAAAAACUAGAAUGUGUAGACUUAGGUCAAUAUAUACGAAAAACAAAUACUGAUGCUCUACUGCAAACAGAUGAGCUGAAUCAGCAGCAGGCAAUGCAAAAGGCAGAAGAGGUCCAUCAGUUUCGACAGUAUAGAACCAGAGUCCUUAGCAUUCGCGAUAUUGAGCAAGAAGAAAGGCUUAAAGUAAAGGAUAAAGUUUUGGAGAUGUACGGGGAAAUGCGGGACUCCUUAGAUGAAGCCCGGCAGAAGAUCUUCAGUCUCCGGGAAGAGUAUAGAAACAAGUUGCUGGAAGCUGAGCGCCUAAGGUUGGAGGCUCAGGCUGCGGAGCAAGCCGCCAUCCGCGUGGAGCCAGAAAAGAAGGUCUCGGCUCCUGACACCCAGAAAAAAAAGAAAGGAAAGAAAAAGUGACCAGCGGAUGCCCAAUACUACCUUUCCUCCAAAGAAGAAAAACCUAUUUUUAAUUAUCUAUAGCUUUGCCUGUUGAUAAAAAUAAUAUAUUAGGUCAGUUGAAAAUAGACGUUUUCCCACCUCAGAAGUAGUUUCUGUGUUUUGAUGUUAAUUUAUUGUUUUUUCCCUGAAGGCUAUUGUUUGAGUUUAAAAUUUUCUAAUUUCAAUAAAAACAGUCUCAAAAUGUUUGGAAUGUAAUAAAAAAUGUAUGUGUCUUACUCUGAAUUGCUUCAUUUUUAGUUAGUACUAGAACAGGAUCAGAAGUGAACCAACGGGGAUGCCUUUGAAAAAUUCAACAAUGAGAAAAAUAGCUAUAGCUUUUUUGUCUCUAACUUUAAAGACUUUAAAAUAUUAAGAAAUAUGCUUCAAAAUCAUUAAACAGGGUAGAGAUGAUGCUCUGUGUGAGUCUAGAUUCAAGCAUGAAAAAACAUACUCAAAAAAAAACCCUCCAAAAAUAAAUAAAAUUUUUAAAAAGUUUUAAUAAAAA